AUGGCGAUGAUUCGGAAGCUGAUGAUAAGCGGAAUAAGGUCGUUCGGCCUGAGGGAUUCAAACACCCUGGAGUUUUACUCGCCAUUGACACUGAUUGUUGGAGCAAAUGGAACUGGAAAGACGACGAUUAUUGAGUGCUUGAAGUAUGCGACGACGGGGAGUCUUCCACCGAAUAGCAGGGGAGGAGCGUUUAUUUACGACCCAAAGAUGGCGGGUGAAGUUGAGGUGUGCGGACAAGUGCGGCUUCUCUUUACGAGUGUGUAUGGAAAGCAGAUGGUGUGUUCAAGAACGCUGCAGUUGUCGCUCCGGAGAGAGCGUGUGGAGCAGAAGACGGUUGAGAGUGUGUUGAGAGAGGAUGGAGAGGGUGUGAGCGGAAGGCGUGGAGACAUUGAUGCGGAGAUGCCUGUGCAUCUUGGUGUGCCAAGUAGUGUGCUUGAGAAUAUAAUAUUCUGCCAUCAGGAGGAAAGCACAUGGCCAUUGAGCGAGCCUGUGGUUGUGAAGAAGAAGCUUGAUGAGAUAUUUGCAUCGUCGAAGUAUGGCAAGGCGCUUGAUAGCCUGAAGUCGCAGAGGAGGGAGUGCAUGUCAGGCAUAAAGCUAAAGAUGCAGGAGCUUGAGUUUCUGAGGAAGGUGAAAGAGCGAAGGGACGUGCUUGUGAUGAGCAUAAGGAGCAGCAGUGCAGCAAUUGAGAGGAACGAGGUCAAGCUUGAGGCAUAUGAGACGGAGAUAGUGAAAUGCAACAGAGUGAUUGGCGAGAUAUGUGCAGAUAUGAUGAGGAAUGAGGAGAUGGAUAGAAGGAUGCAUGUGCUUGAGAAUGAAAGGAGCGAAUUGAGGAUGUUUGUGGGCAAUUUUGGAGGACGAUUGUUGAGUGCUGAUGAAGCGAGCGAUAUAUUGAAAGGAGAAUUGUUGAGAAAUGCCGAGGAUGAGUAUGCAAGGGUUGAGAAAGAAACGGAUGGAGCCGAGAGAAGAUUUAAGAUGAUUGUGGAAGAGCGAAGUGUGUAUUUGAGAAGAAGAGCGGAGCUUGAUGGAGUGUUUUCUGAGAUUUCGAUUAGAUCUUCGAAGCUAGAGGAUGCGAAGGCAUGGAGGGAUGAGGCGGCUGGAAGGCUUGAAGGCGAGUUAAGAGUGAAAGAAGGGUUUAGGGAGACGGCAAAGAGUGUUUUUUCAAGAGUUGAAGGCGAGAUUGUAGCUCGAAAGGAGAAGAUCCAAGAGAGUGAGGGCAGGCUGCAGAGGUUGCGUGAUGAGGAAGGGGAGAGGAUGUGCGUGGUUCGAGAGAAGAAGCGGGCGAUUGAGGAGUAUGAGAUGUUAGAAGAUGAUGUGAAUGUGGAAGUGGAUGUGAAUACUUCGUAUGAAGAAGAGAUUGAAAGGCUAAGGAUGGAGAUGUGUGAAGACAGGGAGGUUGAAGUUUUGGAAGAAAGGCUGGAGGAGUAUCAGAAGAGACUGAACAAGGCAUACAGUGUUGCAGAGUGCAAUUUUGAGAUGAAUAGGCUGAGAAGCCGAAGGAGAGAGAUUGAGAGUAUGCUGAGCGGAGUUGAAGUUGCAGAGCUACAAGGUGUGCUUUGCAAGCAAGUAGAGGAAGUUGGCAGGAAGCGAGAAAAGAUCAAAUCUGUUGAGAAGGAACUAGGAUAUAGAAAUGCAAUGAAGGAUCAAGCGAGGAUGGAAUGCAAACGAGUACAGGAGGAGAUAUUGGCGAAGAUAGACAGGUUGCGGGUUGCUAGGAGGAAAGAGGAAGAAGAAAUUGUGCAUGGUGAGAAGAUGUAUUUGAAGCGAUGGGCCGGCAAGUAUUCGAUGGACGAUGCCAGAAGUGCGAUUGGCAAAUGCGGAGAAUGGCUUAUGAGUGAUAACAAGGAGUCUAUAUUGGGGGAUCUUGAACCUGAAUGUGUUUAUGAUGAUGAGCAGCUGGCCUGGGAGCUUGAUAGACUUGACAAGGAGGUUGGCAAGGGAUCUUGCACUAGUGUGUAUGUAGAAGCAUUGGAGAUGGUUGGUGUGUAUCAUGUGUGCCGAAUGUGCAACAGGAAGCUAAGCGAUGCAGAGUCUGAGGAGUUGAAGGCAUCGCUGGAGUCGAUGGUGAGCGAGAUGCAAGUAUCAACGAAUGAUGCGCUUGGCAAGAGAGCAAUGCUGAAGAAGGCGAUGCAGGGGAUUGAGGAGAGGAAUAUGGUACGAUGUGAGAUUGUUGACCUGAUGAAUGGAUACGAGGAUGUGCCUGAAUAUGAGGCAGUAGACGACUUUGAAGGGAUAGAGCUUGAUGUUCUUGAUGCAAUAGAGAAUAUGAAAAAGAUAGAGAGGCAGAUUGAGGCGGUGAAUGAGAUGUUUGUGAUAGAUGGAAAGCUGAAAGAUGUGGAGGAAGGAGAGUCGGUACAGGAGCUGAAAGGGAUGAUUGAUGGGAUUAAGAGGAUAUAUGAGGAGAAGAGGCGUGAGAGGAGGAGGAAGAAUGAGCUGAUGACGAGGCUGUGUAAGAAGCAGGCGCUUGUGAAUGAAAUGAAGGAUAUACGAGAGAAGAUCAAUUUUAGGGAAGAGGCAAAAGAGGCAAUUAGGAUGAUUGAGAAGAGCAGCAUGAAGGCAGCAAUAGAUGAUAUAGAGAAUGAGAUUGCGAGAAGAAGGAGGAAGCUUGAGAGGAUUCAAGAUGAAUAUUCGAAGCGCAGAGUUGCACUUGAGAUGGAUAUUGAGAUGAUUGGAGUGAAGAGCAAGGAGAUUGAUGUUUUAGAUGGAGAGAUUGGGGUGCUUAAUGCAAAGGUCAAAGAGCUGCUUCAAGGAGACUGGUGUGAGGAAGCAAGGGAUGAAAGGAUGUUUGAGACGCUUAGAAAUGAGCUUGUUGAUAUGAAGAGCAAGGCUGUUGAGCUAGGGCAGAAGAUUCGUGCAAUGUAUGAAUCAAAAGCAGCGGCAAAGGAAAGCAUAAAGUACUACAGUGCGGUUAGAAGGAUUGGAGAGAUUGAGUGUGAGCUUGGAGAGAUUGAUUGUGAAUAUUUGAGUGUUAUCAAAGAGAAGAAGAUAAAGCUAGAGGAGAAGAAGAUAAAGCUAAUUUCGCACAAGUCGCUGAUACUGGGAGAAUGCAAGCAGAUUGCAUUAGGAAUAAAAGGAUGGAAGCAGGAGCUGCAGAACGACCAUGUGGAUACAGUGGAGAAAUAUAGUCGGUGCUUUGUUGAGUUGAAAGCAUUGGAAGCAUCAUGCUCCGAUCUUGAGAUAUGCAUCCAGGUAUUGGACAAGGCAAUAGUUGACUUCCAUUCGUUCAAGCUAGAUGAGGUGAAUACGACGCUCAAGGACCUGUGGAGAAGCACGUAUGUUGGAGGAGAUAUUGACUGGAUUGAGAUCAAAACUGAAAGUAUGGGGCAAAAGACAUACAACUACAAGGUUGUGAUGGUGAAGAACGGAGUUGAGCUUGAUAUGAGAGGAAGAUCGAGUGCUGGGCAGAGGAUGAUAGCCAGUAUUCUUAUCAGGCUUGCAUUGGCCGAUUCGUUUGCUUUGAACUGCAGCAUCCUGGCUCUUGAUGAGCCGACAACAAAUCUUGACAGGGGCAAUAUGGAGAGUUUUGCGCUUAUGCUGUCGAAGGUGAUAUCAGCACAUAAGCACAGCCCAAGCUUCCAGUUGGUUGUGAUUACACAUGACGAGGACUUUGUGGAGUUGCUGAACAGGGACGGGCCUGAGUACUUUUACAGGCUGAAGAGGGAUGAGGGAGGAAACUCGGCAAUUAUUAGGCAUUCGGUGUAUGGCAUGCAUGGGCCAUGA